AGUAAAACGAAUACUCACAGCCCUGCCCCUAAUCACUGAACACAGCUUUUAGUAACGUUUUACACAAGGACAGGAUAUUGGCAACUCAACUGUUAAGCCUUUCUGUGAUUAUUCUUCCUUGAGAUCACUCUGAUGUCACCAGUGUAAUUUGAGCCUGGAGCUUUUGUUCACACUUUAAAUAGCAGUCCCAGAAUGAUUUCACUACAGACUCUCUGGAAAGCCUGGGAGCUGAAUUCCGGAAGAUCCCCACAUCGAUGAAAGCAAAGCGAAGCCACCAAGCCAUCAUCAUGUCCACGUCGCUACGAGUCAGCCCGUCCAUCCACGGCUACCACUUCGACACAGCCUCUCGUAAGAAAGCCGUGGGCAACAUCUUUGAAAACAUAGACCAAGAAUCACUACAAAGGCUCUUCAGAAACUCUGGAGACAAGAAAGCAGAGGAGAGAGCCAAGAUCAUUUUUGCCAUAGAUCAAGAUGUGGAGGAGAAAACACGUGCCCUGAUGGCCUUGAAGAAGAGGACAAAAGACAAGCUUUUCCAGUUUCUGAAUCUGCGGAAAUAUUCCAUCAAAGUUCACUGAGGAGAAGAGAAUGGAUAAAGAUGUUAUCCAAGAACGGACAUUCAAAGACCAAGUGAGUUUGUGAGAUUCUAACAGAUGCAGCAUUUUGCUGCUACCUUGCAAGCUUCUCUUCUGUCAGGACUCCAGAGGCUGGAAAGGGACCGGGACUGGAAGGAGACCAGGACUGAACAGACUGGUUACAAAGACUCCAAACAAUGUCACGCCCCAUGCUGUUACAGUGGAGAACAAAAUGCUUUCAGCAAGGAUAUGAAAACUCUUCUGUCCCUGCAGGAAAGGAUUGAUGCUGAUAGAAGAGCCUGGACAGAUGUAAUGAGAACUAAAGGAAACAGAUGGCUGGAGAUGACAUAUAUCCGGGGUCACUUUGUCAGGCCCUAGGACUUAAAUUUAAGCUGAACUUCUUUUUUUUUUUUUUUUUUUUUUAACCAAAUAGAUAGGGGAAGGGAGGAGGGAGAGGGAGGACAGGGAGAGAAAAUACCGUGCAUAAAUUGUUUACGGAAUUUUUAUAUCUGAAUGCUCAAAACCAAGCCUGAAUGUUGUCUAUUGGUAUAGAUUUUUAGAAAUCAAUAAUUGAUUACUUAUUUGCACUUAUUACAAUGCCUGAAAAAGUGCACCACAUGGAUGUUAAGCACAAAUUCAAGAACGUAAGAUGCCUUCAGCAGCUCUGUAAAACCAUACGCCACCUUUUGGUUUGUAAAAGGUUUUUUUAUACACUUCAAACAGGUUGCACAAAAGUUAAAAUAAUGGGGUCUUUUAUAAAUCCAAAGUACUGUGAAAACAUUUUAUAUAGUUUUUAAAUCUUCUGACUAAUGCUAAAAUGUAAUCUAAUUAAAUUUCAUACAGUUACUGCAGUAAGCAUUAGAAAGUGAAUAUGAGAUACCAAAUAGUUUAUAAAGACGCUAUAGUUUCUAUAAUUUAUUUUACUGGCAAAUGUCAUGCAACAAUAAUAAAUUAUUAUCAACUUUGUGGCUUUUGGUCUGUGAUGUUUGGUUUCAAAGGAAAAAAUAAGAUGGUAAGUGUUGAUAGUUACAAACUUUUCUAAAGAUGUGUCUCUAACAAUAAAAGUUAAUUUUAGAGUAGCUUUAUAUUAAUUACCAAACUUUUUCAAAACAAAUUCUUACAUCAAAUACCUGGGAAAUUUCUCUGUCUCAAUCUUAAAAUAUAAAAUAUAGAUAUAGAAAUU